AUGGAACCUCCGUUGGUUGAGAAACGACGGCCCACGUCACACCAGGUGUGUGACAACUGCCAUUCUCGCAAGGUCCGAUGUGACAGGAAGAAUCCUUGCGGAAACUGCCAGGAUCAAGGAACUACAUGCACUCGCCACCGGAGUAUGAGACGUACUAUGAGGAAAAUAUCCCGUCAAAGUGACAGGCCAAGCAACGCAACUAAAUCAUCUCGAACUUCCACCCACACGGUGCCUGAGCUGGGCUCGCUCCGCGGUCUAUUGGAUCAGCAAACUGAUGCUUUUUCGCUCCCGUCUGAGGCGGAUAAUGAUAGUCUACCGAUGGAGAUGCCGGAGGUCGGACCUAUACUGACUAAUCGUCCACACAUGGCAUAUGAACUCCAUAAUUGGAUUUCUAUCGUUCCCCUUACAGAUGCGCAGAUGGCAAGCCGGCACCGGCUGAGUCGAGUUCAGGGCCUCGCGUGGAACAGACUGCAAGUGCUGGAGUCUGCACUGUAUGCCGCAAGUCAAUUUACCGAAAGCAUGGGCGGUUUUAAGAAACCGCUUAGUAUUGAUGACCAGAGUGAAGAGCAGCGGAAAAUUCCGGCCCCUGAAUUUCUGACAUGGAUGCUUAAAGACAUUGGUACUGAUCUUUUCGGACCAUACGUUCGGGACUACUUCCGCCACGUAUCCAAGCAGAGUCUCGAGAAGAUGGGAAUGGCCCUGAUCCGCAAAGAUGCAUCGCCAUCGGAUACAAUCCUCUACACUGUCUGCGUCAACUCUAUAGCGUACAAGUUUCUUACGACAGUAGUUAUGACAGAAGAGCAUGGGGAACUGUCCCAAUGGCUAUGGCACAAUGCGCUACAGUACCGAGCGACAGCGCAGGCCGCAUUAAGAAAAAUCCCACUCGUGACUACGCCAUCGCUUCCGCUUCUACAGGCAGUGCUGUGUGGUAUCUUUCUAUUUCAAGGAUCGGGAGAUACUAACUUCUGCUGGGAGUUGACUAGAACUGCCUGCCGGAUCUGUACCGACAUUGGCCUCAGCACCAGUGCUACAAAUGGACGGGCCAUUAGCGAGGAGGAGUUUUUCUGCUUUAUAUGGUGCUAUAUGCUGGACAGAAACUAUGCGUGGAAGCUUGGCCGGUCUAAGGGCUUUCUGGAAGCCACCCCUGGAGGGAUCUUGCACGCUUCUUCCAGGCUGAAUCCACCAGUGUCAGAGCUUCUCCUUCUAUAUCUGGACUUGGCCCAGAUCCAGGACGGAAUCAUACCUUUCAUCAAGGACCCCUCAUCAGCCGAAGGCGAGGCCGUCCCGCCCGUAACUGACUUGCGAGAGCAAUUAAUGCCGAGAAUGGAGGAUAUCCGCAGUCGGAUCGACAAGAUUACCACACCUUCUGAUCGUUGGAAAGGCUUAGAUACCCACAGCGAAAUUGCCGCUCUCGAUUUCGCCUAUCAUUCGGUUAUGACAACCAUCCUCCAUCUGAUCCAACUUACCCCAGGGCAGACCCUUACUGCCAAGGAUCUCUACCUGGAUUCAGCACGUCAGGAGCUCUCGGCCUUAGUAUCAAUAUGUCUAUCAGCCAACAAGCAAAGCACAGUCGCCUUCCUGCAUUGGACCCUCCUUUACUACCCCUUGACAGCAGUCUUCGUGCUAUUCUGCAAUGCAGUAGUCACAUCCCACAUCGGCGAUUUCAACCUUCUGAAGACAGUCGCAGACUGCUUGACCCAGAGCGGAACAGCCAGCGAGCACAUCGCCAAUCUGCAGAAACUCUUCCAGGAGUUUGUCUCGCUCUCUCAACGCUUCCUCAACGAAGAAAGCUCUACCGCACUGGCCGCCCAGACCAGUCCCGCGCAGCAGGGGACCUCUUGUCAAGAUGUAAUACACGACUCUAACUCGCCCCACUGGUUAAACACCAGUAGUACAUGGAGCACAGGCAUCCUGGCAGGCUUGGACAACCAUUCUUUUGACCCGUCAUUUCCUAUGUUGGAACUAUCGUACGGGGAUUCAACCUUCUUCCUCGGCGGUGGAGCUGAUAUGCAGCCGUUUAGCUCUGCAUGA